AUGUAUCGACUAACCAGCCAUAGACACGGAAGAGACCAUAAGCUAUGCGUCUGGAGGUUAAAUGAGAAGGACGAAGACAUUGUGGGCAAGAUACUUCCCUUGGACACGCAAAAUCACCCACAAGACGGAAACAAGCCUUGGAUGUUACAUUCUCUAUCCGUCAAUGCCCUGAACUUUUGUGGUUUUGCGUAUUGUUUUCUCCCACACAGGGGUGGGAUUGAGUCCAAGGACGCGAUCAACGCAGAAAACCAAAUGCUUCUCGCAGUGCCAAAUGCUUUGAAUACUGGUGGCCUUGAUAUCUUCCACCUGCCGUCUGAAAAGCGGCUAUGUGUUAUCUCACCAGAAACUGAGGUCAACACUGGUAUGGCGAUGGCAUUAGAAAUGUUCAUACCCCCUGAAGGAGAAGACCUUUAUAUCAUUUCUGGCUAUGAGGAUGGCAGUGCCAUGGUCCACGCCUGUCGAGGCGCCAUUAACCGGUUACUCAUUGCGGAGGAGGAUAAUUCUAACCCUUCAUGGAACUGGGAGUUACUAUAUACAAACCGCUCACAUUCACAGCCAAUUCUAUCACUCGAUACCUCACCCAGCUCGGAACGAAAGUGCUUUGUCACUUCAUCUGCGGAUGCAAUGGUCGUGAAACACCCUAUUCCAAGGCUGCCACCAACCUUGGAACCUGAUGUUACUAAUAUUAGAAGCGCAGCAGAGUCUGCGCAUUUGAAAGCUGUGAACACUAAACAUUCGGGACAGCAAGGCUUGAGAAUUCGAUCAGACGAUAGAAUAUUCGCUACCGCGGGAUGGGACAAUAGAAUCCGAGUUUACAGCUGCAAGUCAAUGAAGGAGCUAGCAGUUCUGAAAUGGCACAAGGAAGGGUGCUAUUCUAUUGCAUUUGCCCAGGUCAAAAUGGACACCGGAGACAUAGGGACAACUAGAGAUGCAAUAGGUACCAAUACAAUCCAGGAGAAUAAAAGUACAAAUCUUACGAUUAGGAAUGAACCCCGUUCUUUGGCAGAAAUCAAGCAGCAGAGAAGCAUCAAAGCACAGUUAACACAUUGGAUUGCCGCCGGGUCAAAGGACGGAAAGGUCUCGCUAUGGGAUAUAUACUGA